AUGCCUGACGUCAAGCGCACCGUUCGUCUCAUCACUGAGCAGCACAUCAUUGACAAGCCAUCGGAGGUCGAGGGCUUUCCGCAGCGUUCGUGGCACAUUGAGGUCUGGCUCGUCAACGACAAGGGCGAGCUGGUUCCGGCCACUGUCUUCGACAAGGUGACCUUCCACCUGCACCCAAGUUUCGGCGAACGCGCAACCCAGACCUUUAGAAACCCUCCUUUCCGUAUUGCCGAGGAAGGAUGGGGUGAAUUCGACAUGUCCAUCGAGCUCACCGCUGACAAGUCUUAUACCAUUGCCCAUGACCUGAACUUCGCCCAGACCCGCUACGAAUCCAAGCAUGUUAUAACUUUCAAGAACCCCAAGCCGCCUCUGAUGGCCGUUCUCCGCGAGUCGGGACCUGUCCCCGGCGACGAGAACGGAGUGAAGUCGAAGCGUCCUCUUGCUGGUGAGGAGAGCGCCAAGAAGAAGCGCAGCCGCACGGAAAAGAAUGUCGAUAUGGACAAGCUUGCCGAGGGACUCCAGAAGCUCAAUGAGGAUGAUCUCCUGCAGGUUGUGCAGAUGGUGCAUGACCACAAGGCUGCAGAUUCAUACACAAAGAACGACGUUGAGCUCGGAGAAUUCCAUGUCGACCUCUAUACCCUCCCAGACGCACUGAUCAAGAUGCUUUGGGAUUUCACAGCGGAGCGCGGAGCCCUCUAA